UCUUUAUUCUUCUAACUCCUUCUUAGAUGGUUUCACUUCCUUCACCUACAGUAAAACAAUCCUCAGCAGCCUUUUUGAAAUCAAAUCAAAUCUCUCUGCGACAUGUCAUCGGUUGAUGGGUGUGAGAAAAAGAAAUGAGGAUGUUGCGAGCGAUGAGGUCUCAAGGAACAGUCAACAUUCAGCUCCGCAAUACUGAGGCUGUUUACGUAAAAGCAGCGACGGAAUCAGUUUCGAAGCUGCCUCCCAGCGCAGCAGGGUUAUCCUUAGUGAAAGCCCUCAAAACCUUUGUGCAGGUGGCAGGCUGUAUUUGUUAAGGAAACCUCAAGCUUUGGCAUUGUAACUGAAGAUGAACCAACAGGUGUGCGACAUCUGAGUGUGCGCGGGGCUCUAAAAGUGGCAUGAAAGAGUUGGCUUCUCAGACUCCUGCAGAUUUAUAGCGCAACAGUUUGACUCCUUCAGACGCCUACCUCUGCGAUGCCGCGCUCGUUCCUCGUCAAGACCAAACGGACACAUCCCUUUAGCCCACCCAGGGACUACUUCAGACAGCAGGCUCAAACAGAUGCUGAGCAGGCUGGGAUUGGGCAUCCAGAGGAUGCGCCGCAAACAUUAUCCCCAGGGAUCAGAGACCUUCUGAGUGAUCCGUGCUCACCAGUGGAUGGAUUGGCAGACUGCUCCUACAAAACCCCAAAAGACCAGGUCUGGCCUUCAGCCCCUGUGGAGGAAAGAGACAGUCCUCCGUCGGUCUCCCCAUGGUCAUCAGACCAGCAACAAUCCGACAGAGAGAGAGAACUGGAGCGGCUCGUCUUUUUGUUGCUCAACCACACAUCGCACACUGACACUAAAUUGUCCGUCAGAGAUUGUCCACUCUGUAAAAAGUCUGUUUCAGAAGUCCUGUUGUCAGGAGGUCACCUGCAGGAUCAAGUGUACAACGCCCUCUCUUUCCCUUUGACCAGAUCACUCACUGCUACAGACAUGUCCCCCGGGCCCUUUGGUUUCCGAACAGCUGGCAGCUACAGCAGAGCAAAGGAGCGGAGCUUUGGCUGCAAGGUGUGCGGGAAGGUCUUCAAGCGCUCGUCCACCCUGUCCACUCACCUCCUCAUCCACUCUGACACGCGGCCAUACCCCUGCCAGUACUGUGGCAAAAGGUUUCACCAGAAGUCUGACAUGAAAAAGCACACCUUCAUACACACAGGUGAGAAACCGCACGUGUGCAAGGUGUGCGGUAAAGGAUUCAGCCAGAGCUCCAACCUCAUCACCCACAGCCGAAAGCACAGCAGCUACCGGCCUUUCAGCUGCUCCCGCUGUCAGCACACUUUCCAGCGCAGAGUGGACCUGCAGCGCCACCAAGAGACACAGUGUGGCUAUGGAGAAGCGUACGCCCAGAGCUGAGCACGCCGAGGAACCAUGGCAACAAGGGGAGAAGUGGAACCUUCUGUAAAUAACCUUUAAAUCCUUUGUACAAUGUUUAAAGAAAUACGCAGCAUGUGUCUUUUCAUUACAUGAAAUAAAGACUGAUUUGAUUUGAA